AUGGACAUUGAGUUGCCAUCUGAUGAUGACUUCGACACCGAUAGCCGUCGCGUCACCCGACAGAAGGCCAAUGAAAGUGCCAAAAGACAUGACAUUCAUGUGUGUCUUUCGCCCAGAAAUCAAAAUAAGACAAACAAAAGCAGUCACACAAGUAGUCCGCAAAUCAGUGCCAGAAGUCCCGCAACGAGUGCCAGAACUCCCGCAUCGACUGCAAGAAGUCCAGCCACUGCUGCCAACAGACGCUAUGAAUAUAAGACACUCAUCGAAGUCCAUAACCUGUUCCCCGUGAGUGGUAAGACGUAUUGUCACAUCUAUGGUGUCCUCAGAUAUCGUGACUAUAAGAAGAAUGCGAUGUAUUUGAGAGACGAGAAGGCGUUCACAAUGACUGUGCAGUUGAGGCCCGGGAACAGCUCUUUUCGUCACUAUCCGGGCGCCAAACCCGGGGAUGUCAUCCGAAUUCAUCGCAUACUACUGGCGCCCAAUUGUCUCGAACCUAUCUGUUGUGACCCCAAAGAUAUGGUUGUCUUCGAGGCAUUCCAAGACUCGGAACAGUUUUCGCCGAUUAAGACGAGUAUUAAUAUGACAAUCGAACAGUUCGAUAGACACCGCAAACGAGAACUCGAGGAAUGGUUUGCCAACGAAUUACUCGGUGAUAGUCUGAGUGAGAAGAAGCACACGGAUUAUAACUCAUACGCGGAACUGACGGUUCAGGUGCUCCGAAAGACCACUACUCGCGACCGAACAGAGCUCGUGGUUUGGGACACAACACGUCCGGCACUGCGGACCCACUCAUCGCAUGUCUCGACGGCCGGUAUGUCUCUGACCAGCGCUGAAGAGGAGUUGAUUCGUAUUGUGAAUGAGAAUCAGAUGUCAAUUAUGGUCACUGUGUUUGAACAGCACUCUAAUGACGCCCAAAGUAUCAAACCCUUUGACUUCAUAGUCCUAUUCAAUGUUAAUAUCAGAAACGACAGGUACAGGGAGGGCUUCCACACCUAUUCCCUCCACUCGACCUAUGCUUACGGCAAAUGCAAAAAACUUUACGAUCGCAUCGAGGAAUACAAAGUAAUGUCAGCCGUGAAUGUGGAGAGCCCUGCCCUCGACGACGCCUUUCCCUCGCAA